AUGGCCAGCGACCCAGAUCUCGACGGACCAGAUUAUGAACAGUCGGGCACAGUUGAUGAUCCGUGGCAUGGUGGUUUCCAUUGCAGUCUGCACAGUGUGGGGCGCCGCCAGGCCUCACGCAACUCACCCUCGUUGAUCUCACCGACCUCCCGGAUGAAGAGUUCGGGGUCAAUCGACCCCAGAACUUUGGUCGAGAGGCGGGCACCCUCCUUGCCGGACUCCUUGGCGGCCAAGGACCAGUGUGAAAUGUGGGAUUCUCACAGUGGGAAGAAGCCAAGCGGACGGCCGAAGAAGAAGAGGAAGUUGGCUACCAAAGAGGAUGUGACACAGUCCGCGUACCGUCAACUAUCACAACUCGAGAUCGAUAGAGUGGACCCAAGCGAGGCAGUCUGCCUCGGGCAGAGCAGUGGAUGCGGAACCAGGCGACUGCGGAACGGGAUAUGGGCCGACUGGAGGGUCUGUCCGGGGUGGCGAAAAUGCAACAAUGGGAGGCCCUGGGAUAACACGGAUGCACGUUGUCAUGCAGCCGACGAAGUGGCGGCCAUGCGACAAGUUGUCGCCGACAACUACCGAGGGAGCCGUGUCAAUGAGCUGGUGGACGUAAGGCAUAAGAUGACACUGCCGGAGUUGGACAUCACCCUGCAGGUCGCACGGGAGGUGUGGAGGGCGCACGGAAAAGCCGUGCCUCUGUCACUGUGCAAGAGAGAUCACCGUGAAGCAUACAGGCAGGUGCCGAUGAACCCAGUAGAGUCGAUGUGGUCGACAGUGGUGUUACGCGAUCUCGAAGGACGAUACCAAGGAUUCAAGCAUCGGGUCUACCCAUUCUGUGUCGUCCGUGAGCGGAUAUCUUCGGCUGAGUAUUUAAGUCACGCAUGCGGCCAGGAUGGUCCUGAGCUGCGGGUUGCAGUCAAGGAGGAGAAGGACGUUGCCUGCACGCAGAAGGCUACCGCGGUUGGAGUAGAGAUCAACACCGAGAUCCUAGGCACGGUGGAGUGUAAGCUGGGGGCGGCGCGAAGAGACGCGCUGCUGGUGGACAUCGCGUGA